UUUCUGCACUACACAGUGUGUCAGUGUUGACUCGGCCGAUUGUAACCGAAACAAACAAACCUGUAAUUUGAUAAGACAUAAAAGCAAGUAGCUAAACCGCGACCUGGAAAACAUAGCAAAUGGCAUAUCGGGAGAUUGCAAAGGAGCAGGCGCUGUCAUUAGUGGGGCACAAGCACGCAUGCCAUGUAAUGCUGUACGCGGCGACGGACGCCAAGCUGUUCGGCAGAAUCCCGCUGAAGCACAUCGUCCUGAUGCAGAUGCGUUUUGACGGCUUGUUGGGCUUCCCGGGAGGCCUGGUGAAUCCAUCUAAGGAGUCCCUGGAAUCUGGCCUUAGCAGAGAGCUGCGCGAGGAGCUAGGCAUGGCCAUUGACGUGUCCCCGGAAGACCACUUCUCGUCCUCCCUGUCCCACUCCGGCCCCAAACUCGUCGCACACUUUUUCACAAAGAAGAUGACCGAGGCGGAGCUGCGGGAGGCGGAGGCGGCAGCCGUCACCAAAGCGACCGACCAUGGACUCGAGGUCAUGGGGAUGGUGAGGGUGCCCCUCUUCUCCAUGAAAAAUGAUGGGGGGUUCCCCUCUUUCCUCUCACACUCGUUCAUCAGCAACUCUCGCUCUCAGCUGCUGUCGGCGCUGCGGGUUCUGGAGCUCGUCUCACAGGAAGACGUGGAAGCGGCUGUCGGAAAAGCUGACAAGAUUAGGCAGACCAAGGCACAGUGAUUGGGUGUAUGCUGCAGAACUUCUGGUGGACAGCUGGGAACAUUGCACUUGUAAAACUCCUUGACAGGUGCAUGUGUGCCUGGGACAUACACGUAGCAAAUGCAAAAAGGUUAUAAUAAGUGAGAAUAAGUUAAUAAUGUGGAAAAUUUCUGCUGCAGACAAACUGAAACUGGACGCAACAGAUGGCUUGCGAACAUGAAUUAGGGUAAUAACCGCUCGUGACUGCCUUUCUCCUGAACAGAAAGCUGAAUUCAUCAGCAUUUCUAGUGAAACCAAAGUUCGUUUUUUUCUGCAGAGGUAUUCGUUUCCUCAUACUAAUUAAAUUCAGUGCUACAUCACAACUGUCUCAUUGCACUUUAUUUUCCACAGGUGACAUUUGAAUGUUUUUCAAUAUUUCAAGAAAUUGCAGUGUGGCAAAAAGCAACAUCCUGCACUUUUGCCCUCUUUUUGGGCUGCUUUCUAAUAUGGUGUGUUUGAGGCUGGCAAGCGCAGAGGUCUAGGCAGAGUUGCUGAAUACUUGACUUAGGCAUACAUGAAACUAAGUCAAAGCAAGGCUCUCUCAGGUCAACUCAAGCCUUCUGCAGAGCAGACC